UUUCCUCGCUGCAUUUCCCAUCUCUUCGUCUCCUUCCGAACCUCCCUCCCCUUGUCGCCUCUGUUCUUGAAUUUCUCGCCGGAACACGGCCGGCGACGCGAAGCUCGCCGGAGAACCGCACCGGUUGUUCGGCGGCUAGCUUGUAGAGUCCGUCCUCCGAGUCUGGGCUCUGAAUUCAGGGUCGGGAGUCUGAAUUCCAGGUGAGUUCAGGCCUUCAGCUUCGUGAUCGGCGCUUGCGAGAAGAAGAGGAACAGAGCGGAGGACUCUGAUGGUCACGACCCGACCAGGCGCGAGGUAGUGUUCAUAGAAGAGCCCACGAUGGCGACAACGGAGGCUUCGCCGGCCGCGGCUGAUGCCGAGCAGCCGGCGCCGGCGCCGGAGACGGCGACGACACCGACACCGGCGAGCUCUCAGCCUGCGCCGGCUGCUCCUACGGCCGCGUCAGUUGCGGUGCCGGCGGGUGUUGCUGGGAGAGGAGAGGGGAAGAGGAAGCGGGGGAGGCCGCGGAAAUACGGGCCGGACGGGAGCCUGCUGCGGCCGCUGAAUGCGACGCCGAUCUCGGCGUCGGUGCCGGACGACGCGGGCGGGGCGCAGUACACGCCGGCUUCUGCCGUCGGGUCCAUCAUGAAGAGGGGCAGGGGCCGCCCGGUGGGGUUCGUCAGCCGCGCGACGCCAAUAUCCGUGGCAGUGACGGCCGCCGCGCCCACGGCUGCGGUGGUCGUGUCAGCGCCGGCGCCGCAGCCACAGCUCGGGCCACUCGGUGAAUUGGUAGCUUGUGCUUCUGGUGCAAAUUUUACGCCUCAUAUUAUUAAUGUUGCUGCUGGUGAGGAUGUCAAUAUGAAGGUCAUAUCUUUCUCCCAACAAGGUCCAAGGGCAAUUUGCAUUCUAUCUGCCAAUGGUGUGAUUGCAAAUGUUACACUGCGUCAACAGGAUUCCUUAGGUGGUACAGUUACUUAUGAGGGCCGGUUUGAGCUCCUCUCCUUGUCUGGAUCUUUCACUCCCACCGAUAGCGGUGGCACCAGAAGCCGCUCCGGUGGGAUGAGCGUCUCCUUAGCGGCCGCCGACGGCCGUGUAAUUGGAGGCGGAGUUGCCGGCCUGCUCGUGGCCGCUAGCCCUGUCCAGGUCGUGGUAGGAAGUUUCCUCCCGAGUUACCAGCUGGACCAGAACGCCAACAAGAAGCCGGUCAUCGAAAUCACGACAGUGCCGCCGGCGCCGGAGACGAUUGGGUUCACGAUCUCCAGCGGCGACAUGAUGGAGGACUCGUACAGCGGCAGCCAGCAUCCGCGGUCCGGGACGGCGAAAGGGAGCUCGGCGGCGGCGGUGUUCAAGGUGGAGAACUGGACGGCGCCUGCGCAGCAGCAGCAGCCGCCGGCGCCUGAGCAGGCGAGGAAGAAGACGCCGCCGCCGCCGGCGUCAGAGGCCAAAGUUCCCGUCCCCGGUGGGUGAGGCUUGCAGAUCGAUCGUGCCGCUCGUCGAUCGGCUUGGCUGCUCAUCAGUCCCCAUCGCAUGAAUGCUGGCCGGUUGGAUCGGAUCACUUGCACCAUGCAGCCCGUUAGGGCCAGCUAGCUCUCUCUCUGAUGAUAAAAUCAGUCGCUGCAGUUUAUAAGGAAUACAGUAUAAUUCAGUAAUUUAGCAACCCUGGAUGAUGCCAAUUUAGUACAAAAUGGAUUGAUUUACUUGCACGCGUGAAGAUGCUAUAUAUAGCUCUUAGUGUUAAUUAGAUGUUGACAUUUUCGGCCCAUUUAUUUGCAUGACGCUUCAUUAAUCAUUAUACAUCCAUCCUAGUA